AUGGACCAAGCACCUUUGCAAAUGGCAUUAACCUAUAAUGUUUGUGGGCCAAACAUUGACAUACGCAACAGUGUGGAGGAACUGAAGCAGCUGGAGGGCUGUACAGUGGUUGAAGGAUAUCUUCAAAUUUUGUUGAUCCCUCAAGGAGAGGACUUCAGCAACUUCCGCUUCCCAAAACUAACAAUGAUCACAGACUAUUUGCUGCUUUUCCGUGUGGCUGGCCUGGAGACCCUCAGUGACCUCUUUCCGAACCUCACCGUGAUUCGGGGCAAGAGCCUUUUCUACAACUAUGCGUUGGUCAUUUUUGAGAUGACCAACCUCAAGGAAAUUGGGCUGCACAACUUGAGGAACAUCACUAGGGGAGCCAUCCGGAUCGAGAAGAAUUCUGACCUCUGUUACCUCUCCACAGUGGACUGGUCUCUGAUCUUGGAUGCUGUUUCCAACAACUACAUUGUGGGAAAUAAACCACCAAAAGAGUGUGGGGAUUUGUGUCCAGGAACAGCAGAGGAAAAGCCCCUGUGUGAGAAGACUUCCAUUAAUAAUGAAUAUAGCUACCGCUGCUGGACUUCCAACCACUGCCAGAAAACAUGUCCCAGCUCCUGUGGCAAAUACGCUUGUACGGACCAGAAUGAAUGCUGCCACCCCGAGUGCUUGGGCAGCUGCACAGCACCAAACAACAACUCGGCGUGUGUGGCCUGUCGCAACUACUACCAUGAUGGCACUUGUGUUCCCACCUGCCCACCCAACACCUACAAGUUUGAGGGCUGGCGCUGUAUCACGAAGGAGAACUGUUCCCGAAUACCUUCCUCGGAUCUACUUGAAUACGAGAGCUUUGUCAUCCAUGACGAUGAGUGUGUGCAGGAGUGCCCUCCAGGAUUUGUGCGCAACGAUACCCAAAGCAUGUUCUGCAGCCCUUGUGAGGGACCCUGCCCCAAAGUGUGUGCAGAUGACAAAAUCAUGACCAUUGACUCUGUCACAUCAGCACAGACGCUACAAGGAUGCACGGAAAUCAGAGGGAACCUUCUUAUCAACAUCCGCCGUGGGAACAAUAUUGCCUCUGAACUGGAGGACUUCAUGGGCUUGAUAGAAACGGUGACCGGAUAUGUGAAGAUCCGACAUUCUCAUGCUUUGGUGUCCCUGUCUUUUUUGAAGAACCUGCGGUAUAUUAAUGGAGAGGAACAAUUGGAUGGGAAUUACUCAUUUUAUGUGCUGGACAACCAAAACUUGCAGCAGCUGUGGGACUGGAGCCAUCAUAACCUGACCAUCAAAGAAGGAAAGAUGUACUUCGCUUUUAAUCCUAAACUCUGUGUUUCUGAGAUUUACCAAAUGGAGGAGGUUACUGGAACCAAAGAUCGACAGAGUAAAGGCGAUAUCAAUCCAAGAAACAAUGGGGAAAAAGCCUCCUGUGAAAGUCACAUCCUGAAAUUUGUUUCCAACACUACAAUGAAAAAUCGGAUCAAAUUAACAUGGGAACAGUAUCGCCCUAAAGAUUACAGAGAUUUGAUUAGCUUCACCGUUUAUUACAAAGAAGCAGCCUUCAAGAACGUGACCGAAUAUGACGGGCAGGACGCAUGUGGUUCUAAUAGCUGGAACAUGGUUGAUGUGGACCUGCCUCCUAAUAAAGAGGACAAUCCAGGAAUUUUACUGCAGGCACUGAAACCAUGGACUCAGUAUGCAAUUUAUGUCAAAGCUGUCAUGCUCACCAUGAUGGAGAAUUACCAUGCUCAUGGAGCAAAGAGUGAGAUAGUCUACAUCCGCACUAAGGCUGCAGUCCCGUCCAUACCUCUGGAUGUCAUCUCAGCAUCCAACUCUUCUUCACAGCUGAUUGUGAAAUGGAAUCCUCCCACUUACCCCAAUGGCAACUUGUCCUACUAUAUUGUAAGGUGGCAACAGCAGCCUCAGGAUAGUUACCUUUAUAGGCACAACUACUGCUCCAAAGAUAAAGUCCCAAUUCGGAGAUAUGCUGAUGGAACUAUAGAUACCGAGGAAGCAACUGAACCUACCAAGCCUGAGGGAUCUGGCAGUGAGAAAGGACCUUGUUGUGCAUGCCCAAAGACUGAAGCAGAGAAGCAGGCUGAGAAGGAGGAAGCAGAGUACCGGAAGGUCUUUGAAAAUUUCCUCCAUAAUGCCAUCUUUUUGCCCAGGCCUGAUCGGAGGCGGAGGGAUUUGUACCGAGUUGCAAACGCGACUUUUGCCAGUAAGAACAGGACGGGGAUCGUUCCAGAACACUUUAGCAACGGAACCGACCCGGAAGAGGGCGAGAUGGAAUUUCCCUUCUACGAAGCCAAAGUGGAGGGCAAGGAGCGGACUCUGAUUUCUCAGCUCCUGCCUUUCACCCUUUAUCGGAUUGACAUCCACAGCUGCAAUCACGAAGCUGCACGGCUGGGCUGCAGCGCUUCAAACUUUGUCUUCGCACGGACGAUGCCUGCAGAAGGGGCUGAUAACAUUCCAGGAACAGUAACAUGGGAAGGGAAAGAAGAAAACACAAUAUACCUGAAGUGGCCAGAACCGGUUAACCCCAAUGGGUUGGUUUUGAUGUAUGAAAUCAAAUAUGGACAAAAUGGAGAGGAAAAACGGGAAUGUGUUUCCAGGCAAGAAUAUAAGAAACUUGGGGGAGCCAGGCUGACACACCUGAACCCUGGGAAUUACACAGUUAGAGUCCAGGCUACUUCACUAGCUGGGAACGGAUCCUGGACGGAGCCAAUCUCGUUCUAUGUCCAACCCAAACCAGCAGACUACGGGAAUUUCUUGCAUCUGAUCAUCGUGCUCCCCAUUGCAGUCCUGCUGAUCAUCGGAGGGCUCCUGAUCAUGCUCUAUGUCUGUAACAAGAAGAGGAACAGCGACAGGCUUGGGAACGGAGUACUUUACGCUUCUGUGAAUCCUGAAUAUUUCAGCGCUUCGGAUGUGUACGUGCCAGAUGAAUGGGAAGUGCCCAGGGAAAAGAUUACUAUGUGCCGAGAACUGGGACAAGGCUCUUUCGGAAUGGUAUAUGAGGGGCUGGCAAAGGGUGUUGUUAAAGAUGAGCCAGAAACCAGGGUGGCCAUCAAGACUGUCAAUGAAUCAGCAAGUAUGAGAGAGCGGAUAGAGUUUCUGAACGAAGCCUCGGUGAUGAAGGAGUUCAACUGCCAUCAUGUUGUUCGGCUUCUUGGAGUUGUCUCUCAAGGCCAGCCCACUCUGGUCAUCAUGGAACUCAUGACACGAGGAGAUCUGAAGAGCUACCUGCGGUCUCUCCGCCCAGACACGGAAAAUAACCCAGCUCAGACGCCUCCAGCCCUAAAGAAGAUGAUUCAGAUGGCUGGUGAGAUUGCAGAUGGCAUGGCCUAUCUCAAUGCCAACAAGUUUGUCCACAGAGACCUUGCUGCGAGGAAUUGCAUGGUGGCAGAGGACUUUACUGUGAAAAUUGGAGAUUUUGGCAUGACGAGGGAUAUCUAUGAGACUGAUUAUUACCGAAAAGGUGGGAAGGGACUGUUGCCGGUCCGUUGGAUGUCCCCAGAAUCACUGAAGGAUGGUGUAUUCACGACACACUCGGACGUUUGGUCUUUUGGCGUCGUCUUAUGGGAAAUUGCCACCUUAGCAGAGCAGCCUUACCAAGGCAUGUCCAAUGAGCAAGUCCUUCGUUUUGUGAUGGAGGGAGGGCUCCUGGAGAAGCCAGAUAACUGCCCGGACAUGCUUUUCGAAUUGAUGCGUAUGUGCUGGCAGUACAACCCGAAGAUGAGACCCUCUUUCCUGGAGAUCAUUGGUAGCAUUAAGGACGAGCUGGAUCCAGCCUUCAAAGAGGUCUCCUUCUUCUAUAGUGAUGAGAACAAGCCUCCCGACACCGAAGAGCUGGACUUGGAGGCCGAGAACAUGGAGAGCAUUCCUUUAGAUCCUUCCUCCGCCCUCCAGCCUUCUGAUAAACACUCAGGACACAAAGCCGAGAACGGCCCAGGCGUGGUGGUCCUGCGGGCCAGCUUUGAAGAGAGGCAGUCGUACGCCCAUAUGAACGGGGGGCGCAAGAACGAACGAGCUUUGCCUUUACCGCAGUCUUCAGCCUGCUGACCCUGAGAAACAGGUUUUUGCAAAUGCAUACAUGCUCGUGCAUCCGAAGGGGGUGGGGUGGGAGGAAAGAGAGCAAAUGAAGCAAGGAAGAAAAUAACAAUAAAUUCAAAAGCCAACUGUACCUCAGUGGAUCUUCAAGAACUGUCAUAACUGCACACAGGAGAAUCCUCUCUUCGAUUAGAAGUUGAAAUAACUUUUUGUUUUCCUUUUUUUUUUUCAAUAUGCAAGCAGAAGAUUGUUUCAAGCAAAAGAACUCUGUAUGUGGGGCACAGUCAGCCUUCUAAAACUUUUAAUAUUAACACUUAAUAGCAACAGAAAAACUUGAGAAUCUGAUGUGUGUCUCCCUUUUCUCUUCUUUCUCUCUGCUUCAUAAUGGGAAACAUGUCUGUGUGAAGUUCAACUAUAUGACACUUUUUUUCUUAAAAUUAUAUCCAAGAAAAUUGCAGGCCAACCAGCUCUCCUGUUUCCCUUGCAAGCACCUGCCUAACACUGUAGGUUGUUAUAAAAACAAAAAGACUGGAUUUUUACUCUUAUUCCUUAAAUUUUUUAGGAUCACAUAAAAGACGGAAGGGUCAUUCUUUUUCCAGCGCUGCCAAAUUUUGCCCAAAAGAACUUUCUUUUAGGGUUUUUUCUUGUUUUGGUUUUUUGUAGGCAUGGAGGGAGUAAAUAAUCAUAUGCUCCAUUGAAACAGCAUACAGACCAAUACACUCCUAUCGUACACUGGCAUUUUUAAAAAGUUCAAAAAAAAUGUUCUUUUGACUGGACAAAAACCUGCUCUUUUUUUUUUUUUUUAACAUGGUUGAGAACAUAAGGGAUGGAGUUGAAUAAACAGCCCAUCCUUACAUUCUGGACGAAACUGGCAUGGACGAGCCAAGUGAGAGGGCGGGGGAGAGACGUAUCUCGGGCAGAAAUUCAGCACAGCACUCCAGAAUGGAAAUACAGACAGACAAAACAGGAGGGAUUGCCGUGAGUGAUUUCUUCUGGUCCUUGGCAGGCUUGCGGGGAAGAGAAAAAACUUAGAGAAACACUAAACUGGGAGAAGAAUAGCCAAUUAAACGGAUUCAGGCAUCUAA